AUGAGUCAACUUUCUAACCAGUGCCAGAACAUUAGCUUGAGCGAUGUCUUUGCGACUCGUACGGAGGCGGACCGUGCCCACAGAAGGACUAAGAUUGUGUGCACCCUUGGCCCAGCCUCUUGGAACGUGGAGACUUUGGUGGAGAUGAUGGAUGCCGGUAUGGACAUCUGUCGCUUCAACUUCUCACAUGGUGACCACGAGACGCAUGGCAAGGCAUUAGCCCUGGUCAAAGAGGCUCAGGCCCAGAGACCCCACAAGAACAUUGGGUUGCUCCUUGAUACGAAGGGCCCGGAAAUCCGAACGGGUUUCUUCCGUGACGACCUUAAGUCGAUUGAAUUGAAGAAGGGUCAGGACCUUAAGAUUGUUACUGACUACUCGUUCAAGGGUGACUCUACUUGCAUCGCGUGCACCUAUGAGAAGCUGCCGCAGACUGUGAAGCCCGGCAGCCAGAUCCUCAUUGCCGACGGUUCCUUGUCGGUUGAGGUUAAGGAGGUGCAGAAGGACUACGUCGUGACGACGGUUAUGAACGACGCGAAGAUCGGAGAGCGCAAGAACAUGAACCUGCCGGGCGCCAAGGUGGACUUGCCUGUCUGUGGCGAGCGCGAGAUCAAGGACUUUUUGGAGUUUGGUAUCCCCAACAAGAUGCACUACAUUGCGGCUUCGUUUGUGCAGUGUGCGCAGGAUAUCCGUGACAUCCGACAGAUUUUGGGUGAGGCUGGGAAGCACUUCAAGAUCAUCCCGAAAAUUGAGAACCAGGAGGGUCUCCAGAACUUCGACGAGAUCUUGGAAGAAUGUGACGGAGUCAUGAUUGCCCGUGGAGACAUGGGAAUGGAGAUCCCGUUGGAGAAGGUGUUCCUUGCGCAGAAGAUGAUUAUUGCCAAGUGCAACGCCGUGGGUAAGCCGGUUAUUGUGGCUACUCAGAUGCUUGAGUCGAUGAUCAGUGCACCUCGCCCCACUCGUGCUGAGGUGUCUGAUGUGGCGAACGCCGUGCUCGAUGGCUGUGACGCCGUCAUGCUCUCCGGCGAGUCGGCCAACGGCCAGUUCCCCGUGAACGCCGUGCGUAUGCUCGCGCACACCGCUCUCGAGGCCGAGUCCUGCCAGGACCCCGCCGCACUCUUCCGCGCCAUCCAUGGAGCCACGAAGGGCGAGAAGAGCGUCUCCGAAUCUGUCGCCUGCGCCGCCAUUGAGGCCGCUGCCGACGUAAGCGCCGAUGUACUCAUCGUCCAAACCCUCUCUGGCAACACCGCCAGACUCAUGGCCAAGUACCGCUCCAAUGCCACCGUAGUCGCCGUCUCACCUUGCGACUUCACUGUUGCCCAGACCACCCUCCUCCGAGGCGUUAUCGGCGUUAAGGGGGAGACCAUCGAAGACGGCAUCGCAGCCGCCAAGACCCGUGGCCUCCUCAAGACUGGUGACAAAUACGUCGCCGUUCACGGACUCACCCCCUGCCCCGGCAAGAGCAACCUCAUGAAGGUACUUACCGCAUAA